AAUUUUUUUCAGUAAUUAGUGUUAGUGUGUUUUUAAUAAAUUCGGAAAAAUGUUUGACGGUUAAUUCGUGUUUAUAACAAUAAUACAAAAAAAAUUUUAAUUUUAAACGUGUUAAAAAAUUAUAUUUCAUUAAAUAAUUUAUUUGUUUUAAAAUCGUCAAUAAAAAUGUCGAAUGAAUCAACACCGAUAUGUAGAUGUCGUGUCUUGUGGUUGGGCAGUGCGGUACCACAAGCAAGUAAAGAUGGUCUUCAAGGUGUACAAGAACCAUUACGUGAAUUGUAUCCAGAGCAAGGUGCGGCGGGGGCACGUGGAUUAGAUUCAUGGCUAUCUGUGUGGUCAAAUGGUAUAUUAUUAGAAAAUGUUGAUGAAAACCAUAAAAAAGUUACACGAUUCUUUCCAAUUGAAAGUUUACAUUAUUGUGCAGCUGUUAGAUACGUUCUCGUUCCUGAGAAAAACACACUACAUUCGCCAACACCACGUUUUUUACCAUUAGAUUCACCAUUUGCACGUGCACCAAAUCCUUUACAUCCGCCAUUAUUUGCAGCAAUAUUACGUCGCACCACCGGUAUUAAAGUCUUAGAGUGCCAUGCAUUUAUAUGUAAACGAGAAAUGGCAGCAAAUGCGUUAGUACGCUGUUGUUUUCAUGCAUACGCUGAUAGUUCAUAUGCAAAACAUAUUGAAACUGGUGGGAGUGCAAUAACAAACGGAGGUGGGGGUAAUUCACAUUCAGGGGGUGCUUCAAUAUAUGGUACAUUAGGUAGUCGUAAUAAUUUACAAAAAAUUGAUCACGAUGAAUGGAAAAAUGCAAAUUCAAAGGUGGAAGGUUGGAAAUUAUCACGCAGUAAUGCGGGGAGUACAAUGACAAUAAAUAGUGUAGGAAAAACUGAUGAUAUUAGUAUUUAUAAUGGGGAUGAAAAUCAUAAAGUUUGGGCGGGUAGUCAAGAUAAUUUAGAUAGUGUUUACGAUAUUUAUUCAACAUCAACGAUUUCCCGACCAACACGUCCUCGACAAAUUGCUCAACCAGUUGAAGUGCCACCACCACCUAAAGAAAAGGGGAAAAAACGUAAUAAAAAACUUUUAGGUGGUUCCAAAGAUGAACUAUAUCAUCCUUUAUUAAAUGGAAAAUCAAAAUCAGAAAUUAAUUUAUCCACUCGGCCAAGUAAAGCAUCCUCAGUUGCUGGAGGUACAAUGAUGAAACCACGUCCAAUGUCUACGCUAAUGCGGCCACCACAAGGACCACCUGGACCUGGAAUGCAUCCACAUCAACCUGUAUAUAUAAUCCAACCGCAUAUACACCCUUCAACAACGCUACCGAAUCCAAAAAUUUUUAAACAUGGUACUUUUUCACAUAGGAAUAAAAAAAUGUUAAUACCAGCGCGACCUAUUCCGCCACCAUUUGUGCCAAUGGCUGCAGCACCCCCUAUUAUUAUUCCAAAUCCUGCUACGCUUCAAAAAAGUAAAAAGAAACAUAAAUACCAUAAUCAUGUUAUGGAAGAACCGAUUUAUAUGCCAAGUAAUCGUGCUUUAUCCCCCGUUGCUAGUUAUCAACCAAUUAAUUUUCCACAUGAAGCAUAUUUAAUGCAACAGUAUGCAACAAUGGAUCCAAAAUAUUCGACCGGUACAAAGAAAAAGGAUAAAAAUGGUAGUAUACCAGUAGCAAUACCGGCCCCCAUAUUACAUUCGGCUGCCUCAUCACAAAAACUUAAUAAAAAAUUAGCACAAAGUAUGAAUGGUUUAGAUGAUCCAAAUUUAGCACCCGAAGAGAGUCCAUUUAAUACUGGUAUUUAUAGGAAAAAAGGACAUUUAAAUGAACGUGCAUUUUCAUAUUCAAUUCGACAAGAACAUAGAUCUAGAAGUUAUGGUUCAUUAGCCAAUUUAAAAUUUGCAACACCUGUACCGAAUGGAGUUAAUGAGGUAGAAGAUCGUGAAGAUAUUAAAAAAGAACGGGAAAUCAUACAAAUGGUGAGAGAUUUAGAUUUAAGUGGUGAUGAAUUAGAACGUAUUGAAGUGCCACGUGGUAUGUAUGAUCCAUCAACUGGUGGUUCACCAUCAUCAAAUCAUAAUAAUACGUCAUCAUCACACCAUCAUAAUGGCCAUAAUGGACAUCCGUCAACAAAUAGUGGUGUUUUACAUCGACCUAUGUCACAUAUGCAAAUACCAACAGCGGUUAUGACAAAUGGUAGAGCGCAUCGAAGGUAGAAAUAAUGGUGAAAUGUAUAAGGGAUCGUGACGUAGAUAGCGCGCAAUAACCUUUAUUAUCAUCAGAAUAUACAAACCAACAAACGUAUGUACAUCACAACAAGACCAGCAAACCAAGCAAAAAUAAUUAUUGAAAAAAGUAAAUACCUAUAUAGUUAUUUGAAUAGUAUUUGAUUUCUAUUGUGAUGGAAACAAAAAAGAAUAAAUACUCAGAUAGACAAUAUGAACGUCAAAUUUACCCGUUGUUACACGUGGCACAAAACACGUUUCUGGAAUUCAACCAAAGGACACCGCACCAGACUCAUAGAAAAUGACUUAAGGUCAAAUUUGGUCAUAUUGUGAAAGAAUGUCGUUCUUAAAAUGCUGAAAAAAGUCUCGUUGGCAGCAGCGCUCAUUUUAUUAGGACAUGGUGCGAAGUAUUUUGCUUUAGAUUGCUUUAGUUUAGAUUGAUUAGUUGGCAGUUUUAGAAUCUUGUAGGGUAAGUUUUUAGAACAAUAUGCGGGAGACAACAGUAUGCAGUGAAGCUAGCGACUAAACGGAUUGCGACUUGAAGCUAACUCCAUUUGUGUUUAGACCACCUAAGAGUGUAAAAGUGCGCCAAGAAAAAAAAAAUCGAGAAAGCAGUUUUCAUGCUGAAUUUGGGUAAAAUUCUUGACACAACAGAAUAAAAUUUUGAAGUAAAGGUUGAAAAUAGAAUUAUUCAUUUCUUUUAUGUCCUGCCCUAAAACCGUACAAAGUCCAUUUAUUUCUAACUUAUUUAUUCAAACUUUAUGCUGCCAUGCGACUUUAUAAGAUUUUGUACAGGAAAAUUAUAUCUACUGAAUAAUAUUUGAGAGGGAAUAUUAGUAACCGAGGAAGAAAAUUGUUUGUGGUAAUAUUAUAUUUUACUUCAAAUAAACCUUGUAACUCUUACAAAAAAUGUUAGGUUUUGCCUUUUUUUUCCACCAUUCUCGAGUCCUCCUUUUUUUUUGAAAAACUAUUCAGUUUAAAACCAGCGAAAAGGUUGUGUUUGGAAAAAAACUUAUGAAUUCCUAUUUAGGAUGGCUUCAAAACAUAUUUGUCAAAAAUGAAAAUCAUUUUGUCUAUCUGGGUAAUUAC